UCCGAACACCACCGGCCCCGUUACCUGGGAACAGCAGGUAGGACAGCGUAUCAACAACGGAGCUGUGGGAGAGGAGGAUAGACCAGCGCGGGUUUCGGGUGUCGGCGACUGGAGGUAGACGCACCAUACCACAGAAAAACUUUUGUUUCGACUUUUUGCCGGUCACAGCCGGAGUGUGGAAGCAAAGGGCGGGAGAGCGUGAUGGAGCAGACGACGGUGGCUAGCGGCGGUGGCAAUCCCGAGAAGCUGACGGCUAAUGGGAAGGAGCGUGCGGUUAUUACGAAAGUGGGGAAGCGUUCGGAUUUGGGUUGGGAAAGCCGUGGAUGGAAGUUCACUCAGGAGGAGCUCGCGAACCCGCCCUCCCUCAGGGACAACAUGAAUGAUAGCGAGGAGAAGGAGUACCGCAGAAAGGCACACACAUUCAUCUAUGACUGCUGCCAGGUUCUCCGAGCAAAGGCGCUUGUGAUUGCUGCCGCGAUGACCAUCUCCCAGCGGUAUUUUUCUCAAGUUUCCUUCAGGAAGAUCGACCGGAGUGACACUGCUGCUGCGGCUAUCUUCUUGGCCUCCAAGGUUGAAGAGUUUCGCGUUCACAUCAAGGAUGUGAUGAUGGUGACCCACAGAGUUAGGCACAAGAACCAGCGCAGGCUAGUAGAAAAUUCUGAUGUGAGUACAAUGGAUACCGGAUUGUUUGUACAGGUGGUACUAUUAUUGCAUCAUUCUCUCAGUUGUGCGGUCAUUUUCAGUCUACAGCAGGACUGUACAGCGCCAAAAUACACCCAGUGAGUAGCUCAUGUACAUUGUUGUAAGUGCGAUCCAUUUGUUUAUUCACCGGUGUUCUGUUGCGAAGUGUUGAUAAGCGAAGAUACAUCUACACGGCGUGGAUUUCAUGCGGACCAUCGCCGAAUGAGUUGUGUCCUGCAUCUGUGAACAAGUCAGUCACACCGCUCCGCCGCGUGCCCUUGGGUCUCAGGAGUACAACAGGUACAAAGACCGCCUGUUGA